AUGGCUCCUCCCGUCGCCAAUAUCCCGUCGCUGGAAACAGCGCGCGACGUGAUCUCGAAGUCGAGAAACUCCCAAUUUCCUCCGAAUCUGCUUCCGGUCACCGCAUCGAUUCCUGCGGAUCUUUUGACCCCGACAUUGGCAUAUUUGAAACUUGCGGAGAAUUCGCGCCUGUCUUUCCUCUAUGAGAGCGCUGCGACUACGGAGACUAUUGGGCGGUACAGUUUUGUUGGCGCAGACCCCCACAAGGUGAUCAAAACCGGCCCGGGUCAUGGGCCAGCAGCCGACCCUCUCCCUCUCCUCGAGGAGGAGAUCUCUCAAUUCCGUGUUGCGACAGUCCCCGGGUUGACUCUCCCGCCUUUGACCGGCGGAGCCAUCGGGUAUGUAGGAUACGACUGUGUGAGGUACUUUGAACCGACGACGGCGCGGCCGACCAAGGAUGUGCUGGGGGUGCCGGAAUCGUUUUUCAUGAUGUUCGACACCAUUGUCGCAUUCGACCACUUCUUCCAGGUUGUCAAGGUCAUUACGUAUGUCCCAAUCCCGGCCACGGACGCCGACAUCGAGGCCGAGUACCGCAAAGGACAGACGGUCAUCCAGAAAACCAUCGAUACGCUGCUGCAGGACCGCACACCGUUGCCGCCACAGGGUCCGAUUGUCCUGGACCAAGAAUACAAGUCCAACAUCGGGCAGGAGGGGUACGAGGGUCACGUCAACCGGCUGAAGGAGCACAUUUCCAAGGGCGAUAUCUUCCAGACCGUGCCAUCACAACGGCUAUCGCGACCGACAUCACUCCACCCGUACAACCUCUUCCGCCACCUGCGCACCGUCAACCCCUCGCCCUACCUGUUCUAUAUCGACUGCCAAGACUUCCAACUCGUAGGCGCCAGCCCCGAGCUGCUGGUAAAAGAAGAGCAGGGGCGAAUCAUCUCACACCCAAUCGCCGGCACAGUGAAACGCGGCAAGACUCCAGAAGAGGACAAGGCUCUGGCAGACGAGCUGCGCGGCAGUCUCAAGGACCGGGCCGAGCACGUCAUGCUGGUGGACCUGGCGCGCAACGACGUGAACCGGAUAUGCGACCCGAUCACAACGCAAGUGGACCGAUUGAUGGUCGUCGAGAAGUUCUCGCACGUGCAGCAUCUCGUUUCGCAGGUGUCCGGGGUGCUCCGCCCGGACAAGACACGCUUCGACGCCUUCCGGUCCAUCUUCCCCGCGGGCACUGUGUCCGGCGCACCCAAGAUCCGGGCGAUGCAGCUCAUUGCCGAGCUCGAGGGCGAGAAGCGGGGUGUGUAUGCGGGGGCCGUGGGCUAUUUCGGGUAUAACAUCGCCAAUGCAGAUGGGUCGGGCGAGAUGCCCGGCGCCAUGGAUACGUGUAUUGCGUUGCGGACGAUGCUGCUCAAGGAUGGCGUUGCGUACCUCCAGGCUGGUGGUGGUAUUGUCUUCGACUCAGACCCGUAUGAUGAGUACAUGGAGACUAUUAACAAACUUGGUGCCAACAUCCAGUGUAUCCGGGGUGCGGAGGCCAAGUACUUGAGCUUGCAGAGUGAUUCGCACACAUGA